UCGCAGGAAGACCGUUGUCGGGUUACUACAGAACACAAACAUUUUAAACUUCAAGAAAUGGCGAAGCACAGCGCGUUUGUGACCGGCAGAGAAAUAUUCACGAUAAAAGUAGCACAUUCGGUUUAAAACCUCCGCGAAAUUUGUUCCAUUUUGUAGCUUUGGUUUUGUGGCUACAAGGGUGCACAUUAUAAUUUGUUAGAAUAUUGGUGUUUUUGAAGCAAAAAGUGUCUUUGUUUUAAAUUUGUCUCAGUAAUUGAAAAAGUAUGGCUAUUUGAUUCCAUUCUGAAAAGUAAGAUAAAAUUAGAAAAAGAAUGUCUACCGAUUCGGAAAGUCGUUCAGGUGCUGAAAAGCACAGUCACAAUUCAGCUACCUACUCGAUUCAUUCUUUGGAAGAUGUUCCUAUAAGGAAAAGUGCUGUUCAGAUAAUUCGCGAACGCAGUUCGGAACAUCUUCAAUUAGGUUCCCCUAGAAAGAAAAACACCGUGCAGAUCACAAAACUUGUGCUUAAAGAUCGCCCAACGAGCCCAAGAAGAAAAAUUACACCGAUGGUUAUUAAGUCUAUUACAACAUUUACAAGCUCAGCGUUAACGGGUAACGAAGAGAAAACCUAUGAUAGAAAUAUUAAUCAACCACAAGAAGAGUACACAAUAAAACCACUGCCUAAAGCCGAGCGAUUAAUUGCUGAGUUUGAAGACAAGAAGAACGAACGAAACCAAGUAAGCAGCGAAUUUCAAAACUUUCUACUGGAAAACUUAAAUGUUCAGAAUAGGAACAAUAUAGAAACUCCCAAAUCAAUCAAUAGUGGAUCUGAUAAUUCCAAGAAACUUGUAGAAAUCAAUUCUGAUGUUAUUGUCACCAGCAACAGUGAUCCACACUCUGGAGCCGUUUCUUCUUCUACAAGCGAACUGAAAUCAAGAAAGGAAUCUGUUGAAAAAAGUAGUUCAGCUUCAACUGAACAGUCAACGGAUAAGAUGCCGGCUCCACCGCCAACAGGAAACAUUCGAAAACCGGCGCCGCGUCCAAAAUCAAUGGAUAGCAAAAGACCCCCAACGGAAGAGCCCAAAAAAGAAAAAUCAUACGAUCCGCAAAAAGCUCGGGAAUUCAUCGAGAAACAACAGGCAAAAAGAAAGCAAGAAAAGAAAUCUAGCGCUCCACAAACGGCCGAGAAGGAUAUCAUCCGAAAACGACUCGAAGAACUUCGGAAAAACAGCCGAAUGUUGGUCAGUAAAAAUGUUCAGAAAGGAAGAAAACGUUCCCUCUCGGAAGCACCACCUUCGUCUGCUGGUAGUAAGCAACCGCUAGGUUCAAUUUCAAGAGGACCACUAAAGACCCCGCCAACUAAACCAUUACGCAAAAGUUCAUCUGUCUCUUCCUUACAAGUGCCCUCUUCGUCGCAGGGGUCUGCGACUCAAUGCAAAAAGUCGGAUGUUUCUGAAAGUAAUAAAACCGGCAAAAGGUCAUCGCUACUUUUGAAACCAAAUUUGUCGGAGAAAAUGGGGAUCAUGCGGAAGCCGGACGAAGUAGCUUUGCUGGAUGUGCUGACUAGCCCACUAAGAAGUAAAACACCGCCAGUGAAUGUAGAAAGGAAAUCCCCUGAAAAAGAAAAUGAAAUAGCUAUCGAUAGAUCAAAUCACGAAAUCACUAUUGAUACUGUUGAACAACAAUUGAAAUUAGAAGUACCCGCCGUGACGCUACGGUCAGAUUUGUCUUUGCAACCACCAACAAAGAUUACGAAUGAAAAGAAGGAGAGCAAAGUAACUCCGGCAUGGUUGAAACAUACGUUGCUUCAACCAGAUCCGUAUCCAUUCAUAAUAGCCGUUCGCAAAAAGUUGGAGGCGAUUCGAAAUUUGAAUCGCGAGCCGUAUAUUCAACUUGAAGAGUCCGUAAUUCCUAAACAGCAAACGAAAGUGCCUAUUCCAUGCAAACAAAGCAACUCCACCAACAGUCAAAAGUGCCUUGCUUACCUGGAGUCUCUAAAAUCAGUGCCUUAUAUUCACAAACUCUCCGUGGAAGGUAGCAAAAGCGAUCAGCAUAUCUCUUCUGUUUAUCAACAGUCAGAGUCGAAUACUACAUCAGAAAUAAGUUCAAUAAAGUCGGAUUUUGUCUUACCACUGCCGCCGCUAAGCAGUACAAAACUUGACCUUCCUGAACCAUCAAUUGCAGCUGCACAAAACGUCGAUAAAUGCCACCAUAAACCCAAUAUUGCUCCCAUAAGUCCUUUAUCCGUUGAUAGAAUCUCAAAUCUUAAAAUAACGGGUGACAACCUGCAGCCUUUAGAACGUAGCAUAAACUUUCACCGUGGCACUGAUAUGCCAGAUGCUGAUUUGAUUCCUGAUCGAAUGUCUUUUACUUCCCGCUAUGUCCAAGAGGAUCUGGAACAAAGCAAACUUAGUGCAAAUACUUCCGAGAAGCAGCGAAACUUUGUGCGUGAUUCUGCCAGAAAACGCGAUAAAUCUCCACGGGAAUUGCAAUCUUGCGAAAAAGCGCUAGAAGCCUUUAAUCGAAGCUUAGCUCAAGUCAUUCAAGUUAAUCAAAAACUCUACUCUGCGCUUCAAAAACCUCCAGCACCAAUAACUGUUGGUGAUCGCAUUAAAAUCCGAGAUGAAAUGACUCAAACAACCCCAGUUCCGUCAGUACCCAAUGCAUCAACUAUCAAUUCAAACUACAGUGAAGAUUUCGAGCGAUCCGAAGUUCAGAAAACCCUUACCAACGUAUCUACAUCGGCGAAAGGUACUUCAGAAGAGAUUAGUCCCAGUUCAUCGAACAGAAGCACUACCACCAGUAGCAAUUCAACAACAUCGAACACCGCCGAAAGUAGCCCCAGCAAAACGGGAAACAGUGAUUCUCAUACCUCACUGGAAACCAGAUCGCUCAACUAUUCCGAUAGUCACCACACUAAUGCUCCUCCGCCGGAGGAAUAUUUACCAUCAUUUGAGGAAAGUUUGCACCGUCACUCUAAAGACCAUGCUGCUCAAGAUCAAGGAUCAACGCCGAAAACUACCGCAGAAGACACCUCCAGUAUUGAGACUCAGAUUAGCGAUGAAACCAUAGAUAAACAGCAAACUCUGCGGCAUACUCUCGACGCAUCUAAAAGUCUGCUUUCUAUCAAUAUAAAUAUAUUGGAAGAAGGCAGUGAAAAGCAAAAUGGAAUUGCAGCCUUUUCCGAUGACGCGAAGGAAAGUAAAAUUGAGUUCCUAAAAGCUCCAUCAAGCACCGGCGCCAGCACCGGCGGCUCCUCUAGUUCGGUUGCUGAAGCUCCCCUUAAUGAUACCACGAUGGGAAGCGAUAUUUUGGCAAUGUUUAAUCGGACUGAUUUGGAGAUUUCCGUUUUGUCUACGACGGUUUCGGAGACAAACCUCAGCUACUCUUCCAUCGGACUGUACGAUCAGCUAAUUCAGAGUGAAAAAUCAAAAAGCGAACAGUUGGCUACUCGUGUUCGUUUGAAGGAAAAAGCCUUAUUGGAUCGAACAAAAGGCCAGUUGGCUUGGUUGGAGCUUCAGAAACAGCGCUAUCGGGAGAAGGGCGGUAUGUCGGAGCAGAUUUCCGCAAUUAAGAAGAAACAGAGGGCAAUUCUCGUACGGCUCGAGAGGGAACGGGCUGGACUAAACAAAUUUCAUAAACACUCUUUGGACACGUCUAGAACAAGAAACAGUGCACGAUCUCCGAUUACACCGAAGUCAAUGGAUAAGUUAAAUUCGUUUUCAUCGAACAGUCGUACUAUCUCGCUGCGAAAAUCUGGCGGAGGUGGGUCCGGUCUGACCGAAAUUAGUCCAGCGUCCAAUCCGAGCAGUAUUCUGGCAUCACUUCAGCAGCAUCAGCGGAAGAUGACCACUCUGGUGACGACUUCGGUAAUAUCAAAUUCGUCGCACCUUCAACUGUCGACGGCAGCCGUACGUGGUGUGGAGCUGGAACCGAACGAGAGUUUGGAAGAUAUGCUGGCGAGACGCGAGCAGGAGCUAAAGAAUCGUCGGCAACAUGUUCAAGCUCUGCUCGAGUGGCACCAAAAGCUCGAACGAGAGGAACAGAAAAUUCUGGAAAUCGAACGAAACCUUUUGCAGUACAACAGAACUAAAACGAAUCAGAAAUCGACCGCACCGGCAGCCGAACAGAGGGUUGCCCUGGGUCGCAUACGAAGCAUCGAACAAAGUCUGCAGACACUACAGCAAAUCGGCGUUGAGGGCAGUGGAAACGGUGAAGAAGAGCAAGUUGAAGCCACAGGCAGCAAACUAAACCGCCUGUGGUAUCGACUGACUGGGUUCAAGGAAAAUAGAUAUGAACCCCAGCGCAGUUAUACUUUAACCAGGGCUAAUUUGGAAAUGCUGUACGAGCAGGCAAAAACUAGGGUUCUGGAAAGAUUCAGUAAUGAUAGAGAAAUGAAAACUUUGCUGGAACAAUCCUUCGGUGGUUUGAACAGCAGCGGAACAAGCGCAACAACGAAAGAUUCAAACGUGUUGGUAUAUAAAAAUUCAGGAGAAGAACAGGAAAUGGGUGCUAACACCAGUGGCGAUAGCAGUUCUUUCCGUACCACUAUCAAUUCUAUUACCGAAAAAGAACCCGAAUCGAUUGCUUUGUCGAAAAACUCCGGGGAAGUUGACGAAAAAAUCGAAGAAAAGAGCAGUCUCCUGGACGUUGAUGAGAUUAUAUCUAGGGUCAGUGAUAUUACUGAAAAUAUCAACGGUUUUCUUUCGUCAACGACCAAUAUCGAUGAACUUCUUCGCAACGAGCAGGAGAAGCAAGGCUCAUGUUCCGUUGAAUUCCAUACUAUUGAAGAGGAGUCAGACUCUGGCAAACGUGAAAAAUCAUCCCCCGAAGGGUACUCCAGUACAUUUGAUGCACCAACAAUAGAAGAGCAAGAACACGUUCCUCCUGUAGAGGAGGAAGGUCAACUGAUCGAGGACACUUCACUGCCACAGUUUUGUGCUUCUAUUGCUGAUGAAACAAUUGCACAAUCUGAGACGGAUUCAACAAACAAGUUAACUGAAGAUAUUCAAGAUGAAACUUCUUUGGAGGAAGCCAGCUCAACCAGCUCGGCAGCGUCGACGUUCACGACUUCAGAGGAUCCUGGCGAAGCAGCACAGUUGAAGGAAGAAAAUUCGUUACCCAAAUCACCUCUCGCUGUAGAGCUGGAGAAGAGGCUCAUCAGUCUUCAUGUUGAUCUGGAGGAUUUCAGCGAUAGUUUGGAAAGAGUUUCGGCUAUGAGAUCUCCGGAAGCUGCCAGGCAAAGUUCUUCCGAAAGUGAACGAGGUAACUGUUCGUUUGUCGAAAGAGAAGAUUAUUCCACGGAUAAGGAAUCCACUAACGAAACCAUCGAAAAGCCCUUUCCGGAUGAGUCGCAGACCAUGAGGUCUGCAUCGAAGGCUGCUACGACGGGAGAAGCACCCGGCGGCGGGGAUGCCCACCGAGUGGAUGUAAAAAUUCGGAACAAAAAUGUAAAUGAAAACUUUCCACACACUGCUUCCAGCAGUUCUGUUUCGCCAGUGGCGGGGACCUCCAUCCUAUCAUAUCUAGCUCCACAAACCUUACACAACGCGACCAAUGCAACGUUGCCGAUAACAACAACAACAGCAUCGUCAAUUGUUCCAAACCGGAUGCCUGACAUAAUCAACGAAGCCGAAGUGCUUCGCCGCCAACAGUUACAAAUCGAACAGGAAAUCAAACAAUUGGAACAGCAAGUGGUCCUCUUCAGAGAAAUACCCAACAAACCUCCUCCACCGUACAUUCCACCUGCCAACGGCAGCCCGCUAGCUCUUAUAUUUCCGUCCGAAACCCGAAUCGAUGAACUAAUAGAAAGCCGCACUAACGAACUCUACCAGAACGACGCUCCACUGGAAAAACUCCGCUCCGAUCACGUAACGAACAUCUACGAAAAGCUCGUGUUGGACAUGUGCAAAGAACUCUACACCGACCUGCGUCCACCGUCGCCGGAUGUCUCCUUCCGCACGGUUCAACACGACAAACGACCGCUGGCAUUUUACAACCCACCCAAUAGUCUCCGUUGCAUGCAGGACCACAUGAAACGAAAGGUAAAGCGCAUCCUGAACGAAGAAAGCCUCCUGCAGCACCAGCAGCAACAGCAAAACCUGCACCACUGCCCGAUGCCAUUUCUGAUGUUCAACGGCGGUAACGGGGGUCCCCAUGUUGGCGGUAUCGGUGGUGGGUCCGCCAAGCGAAAACGCGAUCAGGUGGACGAAAUUUUGGCACAGGAAAUGUUCGACGAAGAAGCCCGUUGGACGAAUUUCGAUCGCGAAGAGAUCGAAGUUAAGGAACGCAUUGUCGGUGAGCUGACGAAGAUGCUGGUCGCGGAAGCCGUCCGGGACAUGGAAGCGGCCUGGCUGGAGAAGCAUGACGACCAGCUUGCCGUACAGACUGCUGACGUUACUACUGUCGAAGAGAAACCGUUGCAACGAACGGAGGAGGAAUUCGAUCUGUGACACUAAUAUAGCUCUGAUUGUAAAUCAUUUGUGAUGUUUGAAAGUGCAUUUCAAUUUUAUACCUACUUUGAGAAAAAAAAAUGGUGUAGUUAAGAUUUUUUUUAGAUUAGACCACUAAUUUCGUUAAGGCUGCGUCUUACGAACACACUCUAAGUAUUACUAUGCAUUCACUCGUACGUGAAUGUUGUUACUUUUUUAGUUUGCUCAAUUUUACACACUUUUUAUAGGCCGGCGAACAGUAACGUAUUUUACUGUGUAUUCAACAGCCAA